AAAGGGCUCUCUCUCACACUCACACAGCGUGGAUGCCCUGGCCGCCUCCAGCAGAGAGCAGUGCGCUGUUGGAUGUGAGCGCUGCCGACCUGUCUCUACUUCCAGAUCGAAGAUGGCGGUCUCGGUGUUCCCCGGCGUGCGGCUCAUCUCCAUCGGAGACGCAAACGGAGACAUCCAGCGGCACUCGGAGCAGCAGCCCCUGCGGUUAGAAGUCAAAACAACACAGGACGCGGCCCUCAUCAAUCUCUCCAAUGGAGAGGAGGCCAGCGUGUUCAAAUGCUCCGUGUCCAGGGAGACAGAGUGCACGCGUGUGGGGAAGCAGUCCUUCAUCAUCACACUGGGCUGUAACAGUGUGUUGCUGCAGUUCUCCUCGCCCGCAGACUUCCAGUCCUUCUAUAAUGUGCUGAAGAACUGUCGUGGACACCUGAACGAGCGCUCCGUCUUCAGUGAGCGGACAGAGGAGUCCUCGGCUGUACAGUACUUCCAGUUUUAUGGCUACCUCUCCCAGCAACAGAACAUGAUGCAGGACUAUGUCCGGACAGGGACGUACCAGCGAGCCAUCCUCCAGAACCAUACAGACUUCAAGGACAAGGUGGUGCUCGAUGUGGGCUGUGGGUCGGGGAUCCUGUCGUUCUUUGCGGCUCAGGCUGGAGCCAGGAAAGUGUAUGCAGUGGAGGCCAGUACCAUGGCCCAGCACGCAGAGGUGCUGGUGAACAGUAACCGCUUGUCGGAGCACGUGGUGGUGAUCCCAGGGAAGGUGGAGGAGGUAACUCUGCCGGAGCAGGUGGACAUCAUCAUCUCAGAGCCCAUGGGCUACAUGCUGUUCAACGAGCGCAUGCUGGAGAGCUACCUGCACGCCAAGAAGUUCCUCAAGCCCAGCGGUAAAAUGUUCCCUACCAUCGGAGACGUGCACUUGGCCCCCUUCACAGAUGAGCAGCUUUACAUGGAACAGUUCACCAAGGCCAACUUCUGGUACCAGCCAUCUUUCCAUGGAGUGGAUCUCUCUGCACUUCGAGGAGCAGCAGUUGAUGAGUAUUUCAGACAGCCAAUAGUAGACACAUUUGAUAUCCGUAUUCUGAUGGCCAAAUCGGUCAAGUAUACAGUGAACUUCCUGGAGGCCAAAGAGGAGGACCUGUACAGGAUAGAGAUCCCCUUUAAGUUCCACAUGAUGCACUCAGGCCUGGUGCAUGGCCUGGCCUUCUGGUUCGACGUGGCAUUCAUGGGCUCAGUAAUGACCAUCUGGCUGUCCACAGCGCCCACUGAGCCUCUGACCCACUGGUACCAGGUGCGCUGUCUGUUGCAGUCCCCCCUCUUCACCAAGGCUGGAGACACGCUGUCUGGGACUGCCGUACUGGUGGCAAACAAGAGACAAAGCUAUGAUAUCAGUAUAGUGGCCCAGGUGGACCAGACUGGCUCCAAGUCCAGUAACCUGCUGGACCUCAAGAACCCCUUCUUCAGGUACACGGGCACUACCCCCAACCCCCCUCCAGGCUCACACUACACCUCCCCUUCAGAGAACAUGUGGAACACAGGAGCAGGCUACAGCAUGGGCCAGGGCAUGGCUGGAUCAGGGAUGCCCACAGCCUACGACUUGAGCACGGUGAUCGGCAGUGGCACGCCGGCCUCCCACAACAACCUCAUCCCGCUGGGUACGAACUGCACUCCUCAAGGCUUCACUCCCGCUCAGGGCACAUGGUGUAGUGGGGAGCAAGUAGGAGCAGAGGCCCAGAGAAAGCCCGCUGCCCAGCCCGAAAACAUGAACACAGGCAUCGUGAACCACACUCACUCCAGGAUGGGCUCCAUCAUGAGCACAGGCAUCGUCCAGGGAGCCACCACGGGACAGUCAGGGCCCAGCAGCAGCGGCACCUACUACCCCGUCACCAACCAGUUCACCAUGGGGGGUGCCGCUAUCUCCAUGGCCUCUCCGAUGGUCAUCCCCAGCAACACCAUGCACUACGGCAGUUAAAGACCCCUCCACCUGCCCUUCUCCUGACCCCCGCAUGACCCCUCCCCCCGCCCCGAAAACCUACCCCGACAACCUACCAGAACAGCCAAAACGAGAAACCAAAAUCAGUGCAGCGCAGCACUUUGACCCCGCCUUUGUCCUUCCUUCGUUUAAGUCCAUCUUCAUCCGUCCAACUCUCCCCCAACUGUUUGUCCAACGCACAGAUGCCGUACCUUCCGAUGGAUUUUACAGACUCUGUUAGUUUAAAUACAACGGGAACUACGCCAAUGGAACCAAACUGUUAGCUGUACAGAAAAGCCAGGACUGCCCGAGAAGGCUUGACAUAUCACCAUUUUCAGGAAACAAUUCCACGUCACCCCGGAUUGAGGAUAAUUCACUUAAAGCUGUAUUUUCUGCCAUGGACUUAAGUCCGGAACUCUGCGAAGGAGGAGGACAGACCCACUGGUGUUUUGUUUCGGACUGCUCAUCUGUAUCGCGCUCACACAACGCAACAAUAAUUUAAUAAUAAACGUCCUGGUCACUUUCCAUGUUGUAUAAAAAUACGAUGAAUUACCGUUAGUAGUGUGAAUUUUGUACGGAGAGUGUAUAGUGCCGUUUUGAUUGAUUUUUGGAUUCAAGCAGGAUUUUGUUAGCUUAACCGUUAGGUGAAGUUGGUUUCAUAUGCAAACUGUUAUAUGCAUGGAUUGAAUGUGGUCCUGUACUGCCAGCUAUAUUGUGUGGUCCUAUUUUUUUUUUUAAUAUAUAUUUUGUUUAUUAAAAUGAAUUGUGUUUUUGAGAUGUUGCGUUACUCGUCCGCAAUACUUUACCCUGAUUGGUUGGGAUGCACAAGUCCAAUUGCAGGUGGGCGAUAUGGCAAUGCAAAAACUCAAUACAAAGUUUUUGUAGAACUUGAUCGGAAUAAAAAUUAUCACAAUUCAUGUACAAUUCAUAUUGCCUUAAAUGGUACCUUAAGAUACAAAUUUCACUGUGAUUGGUUAAAUCCACCUGUAAGCCGGACAUAUCUGACCAAUGGGAGGAGGUGUGUCUGUGUUUGAAUAUAGAGCUGCAUUAAAGGCACGCCAUUUACAGGUGUUUUUAUUGCUAAAAAUGUAUUCUUAAUGUGUUUGGUUGCCUCUCCACCGGUACCAUAAGCUCGUCUUGUCAAGUUUAAUACUGUCUAACAUUUUAGGCAAAGCAAUAGCAUCUCCAUGGAGAUGAGCAGGUGGCAGACUCUCCCCCAGAAAAGUUACACAAUAGUGCAGCCUAUAAACAGAAAACCACCAAAUCACCAAAGAAACAUCUCUAUAUAGUGUUAAAUUGCCGCAAAUUGUUAGAUCAUAUUAGCCAUUUCAGCCAUAAUUUGUCAAACCACUUUUAAAUCCACUUUUAAAUCCAUCUUGUUAUGCUUUUUCAAUACCAGUUCACACAAUUAGCUGAACAACUUGCUUAUGGAAAAUUAAUAUGCAAUUUACAAUGGUAUUAUUAUGGCCAGUAGAUAACAGUAAUAUGUAGUAAUAAGUUGUUGCAUUGGUGCAUUGCACUAUUCCGAGUUAAUUCUGUCUGUAUCAUUGCGUGGAAGGUUAAAGUAUGUCAUUAAAUGGCUAGCUAAAGGGCAUUUUUAAAAAAAACUUUAUUCAAUAUGGAAAGUGACCAAGGUGUGUAAAAUAAGACCUUGUAAGUUGCUAGUUGCUGCUGCCAGGAUGCCCAUGUUGUUAAUCCCUGGACACUAUCGCUCCUCCUCUGGGACUAUUCAAAAAAAGAAAAAAAUUGCAGACUUAUAAGACUUGAUUGAUGCAACAUAUCACAACGCCCCCCCACCCCUGCACCCUUUUUGCCCCCAAUUGCGCCCCCUACGUAUCCGUCAGAGAAACUGUAUGGCAUCGUCUCCCAUAGACUUUGAAUACUGGACACGUUGAACUGAUACUAGCCAGAGAGCUGAAACGUCUCUGUAGGAUUAACCCUUUUUUGUCUUUUUUUUUGUUUUGUUUGUUUUUUCCUUUGGCAAAAAAUGAUUAAAAAGAAGAGAUGAGAUGUGA